GGUCGUCCGCCAAAUGGAAAGCCGCCAUGAUGGCUUUCCGUAAAGUACGCUCAAUUUGCAAAGUUUCGUUGUUGUUUUUCAUUAAUUGUGACUGAGUGCGUGCAAAAAUUAACCAUGGGAACGAACUAGAGUGUGUAAAGUGCAGUUUAAGGUCCUUUGAGACCUCCUGGAGGAGCUACAAAGUGUUUAAUUAGUGCAUUUUUGUGUCGACGCUAGCGUGUUUUGUUCUGUCAACAAAAUGUCGAAGCUCUCGUUUAGGGCGAGGGCCCUAGAUGCGUCGAAACCAAUGCCUAUAUACCUCGCCGAGGAGCUUCCGGACCUACCGGACUACUCGGCGAUUAAUCGUGCAGUACCUCAAAUGCCCUCUGGAAUGGAAAAAGAAGAGGAAAGUGAACACCACCUCCAGAGGGCGAUAUCGGGCUCCGGACUCAUUAUACCAACGCCAGAGGUAUGCCAAGUGAUCGACCUCGAGUUCUACGAGAGAUGUUACCCGCCGGAUUACAAAAUGCCCAAGCAGCACAUACAUAUGCAGCCGCUGUGGGAGGAACAAGAAACGCCGGAGUACGACAUCGACACGGAGGACGAGAGGUGGCUGAAACAGCAGAGGCACCCAGAGCUCACAGAGCUGAAGUUCGAACAAAUGAUGGACAAGCUCGAAAAGUGCUCGGGACAAACCGUAGUCACGCUGAGCGAGGCGAAACUACUCCUGGAGCGGAAUGAUGAUCUGGUCAUCGCGGUGUACGACUACUGGUUGAACAAAAGGCUGAACACGCAACAUCCCCUCGUGUUAUCGGUGAAGACGGAGCACCGGCCCGGCCAGUCAUCGAACAAUCCUUACUUGGCGUUCAGAAGACGGACUGAAAAGAUGCAGACCAGGAAAAACAGGAAAAACGACGAGAGCUCGUACGAGAAGAUGCUGAAGCUGCGUCGCGACCUGGCGCGCGCGCUGAGCCUCCUCGAGCUGGUGGCGCGGCGCGAGCGGGCCAAGCGCGAGCUGGUCCGCCUCACCGCGCUCGUCGCCGACCGGAGAUACGCCGCCGGGGACUUCGCCAACCUCGUGCCGGACCCGCCCAGGUCCGCAUACACCGCCGUGCCGCUGGCGCCGAGCAACUUCCGCCGCGAGACGUACUGCGUCCCGCACUAUCCGCCCCGCGCCACCGCCGCCCCCGCCGACCAGCCCAGACAGCGCGAGAAGCGGCCCUACAAGAGACGGAAACACCGACAUCAAGCCGCCGCUGCGCAUCCGGUGCGAGAGUCCGGUGUGUACACGUCUUCUGAAGAGGAGGCCAGCACCCGCGCCGACACCGCGUCGCCUCCAGACGACGGACCCUUCGCCUUCCGACGGAAACCUGGCUGCUACUACGAGAUGCCUACGUCUACGUUGUGCGGUGACCCUGUGGACCCGGAGAACCCCAGAGACGGCCUGUUCGAGCAUGAAGUGGACGAGCGCUAUAGGUACACGCUGACGUCGCUGCAGACGGGCGCGUGCAUCGGUUUCGCGCGGCGGCGGCAGGCGCGCGGCGGCCGCACGGCGCUGGACCGGCUGCACACGCCGCUGCACCGCCUGCUCACCGCGCUGCCCUACCGCUUCCUGCACGCCGCCAGCCACCGCGCGCGCGCCACCGAGGAGAUGGAGCUCGAAACCAAAGCUCAUCGAACGCCCAAGGUUCUGACGAGGGACUACGAGACGAGCGGGAAGUACCCCUGGCGGAGAGCGUUCAGGAAACACCUGGCCAAGAACGCGGACCUGUGGAUCUGUCCGGUGAAGCCCGGCCACGAUGACGUCACGCCUCCAGCGGACCUCAAGCNACAUUAA